UUUUCGCGACAAACGGUAUCACAUAACAGUUUUCGGUUUCCUCGAGUUCCGAAGUUUUUCGGAGUUUUAAUGCAAUCCUGCAUUUCUGAGUUUUUGUAUUUAUUGAAAAUAGUCUACAGUUUUAAUGCUGUAUUUAAGAAUUAUCAGUAGGGUUUUGGCUAAUGGAACCAGUCACCGGAUGUUUCUGCCCCAUUUACGGGAUAGCAGCGCAAUUGCGUUCGAAUCCAAAAACUAUACAAAAAGAUAUCUCACCACCACCGCCCUUAAUUUCAAACGACGAAAAACGGCAGAGGAAAAGAAAGCCCCUCGUGUGAUUGAGUUUUCCCCCAAGAAAAAGAACUCAUCACAGAACGGCGAAGUGGUAGACGUAUGGCGCAACAUGACCGUUGCCGAUUUGGCCAAAACAAGUUCCUUAAGCUUGGAACACAUCCAGGAGGUUAUGCUCUACGUCAAGGGAGCCGGAAGCAUUGAACCGAAGGCUCGGUUAGAAGAUCAGAAAAUCGUCAAAGAAAUUCUAAGCAAAUGCGGACUUCGGAUGAAGAUCGUGGCCCAGCCGGAACGAAGUGUCAUCGAAGAGGAAGCCAAAGACAAAGACGUUGUGCCUAGACCUCCGCCGUUGGAGGAAAACUUAAAACAACGACCUCCGGUGGUGACAGUCAUGGGUCAUGUCGAUCAUGGCAAAACCACUCUUCUGGAUUCGUUGCGAGGAGCUUCGGUUGCGGCAAGUGAAGCCGGAGGAAUUACUCAGCACAUCGGAGCAUUCACUGUUGAGUUAGAUAACGGAGAGAAGGUUACGUUCUUGGACACUCCAGGACACGCUGCGUUCAGUGCCAUGCGAGCCAGGGGAGCCAAUUUGACGGAUAUUAUUGUGCUGGUGGUGGCUGCCGACGAUGGAGUUAUGGAACAAACGAAAGAGGUUUUGCAACUUGCUAAGGAGGCAAAAGUUCCUAUAAUUGUGGCCAUUAAUAAAAUUGACAAACCGGGCUCUAACUCCGAUCGAGUACGAAAGGAACUGGCCCAGCAUGGGUUGGCCCUGGAAGGCAGCGGGGGAGACACAAUCGCCGUAGAGGUGUCCGCUUUAAAGGGUCUUCAUUUAGAGGAGCUCACGGAAGCCGUUAGCACCCAGGCCACCUUGAUGGAUCUCCGGGGAGAAUAUGUUGGUCUCAUGGAGGGUGUGGUCGUCGAAUCCAAAGUCGACAGCCACCGAGGGAAACUUUCGACGGCCAUCGUCACUCGGGGAACGCUGAAAAAAGGCAGCGUGCUAGUCAGUGGAUUGGCAUGGGCCAAAGUGAGGGGUCUGUUCGACCAUGCUGGUCACCCUGUAUCGGAAAUUACACCCGGUAUGCCAGUGGAGAUUCUGGGUUGGCGAGAACUUCCUUCAGCCGGCGAUAUCAUACUGGAAGUGGACUCGGAACGGACUGCCCAUUCCGUGAUGCGUUGGAGGGAAGCGAAAUCCAUGUUGGAAAAAGCUGAAGGUGAAAAGGAUGCAAUCACUUUGAAGCAAAUGGAACACGACGAAAAGUACAAAGCCGAAAGGGAACAGCAGCGACUUGCUGGAUUUUAUCGUCGACGCCACAAAGGUCCAAAACCUAAGGAAUCGGGACCGGAAGAUCCAACGCCUAAGGUGAACGUCAUAAUCAAGGGUGAUGUUCAUGGAUCGGUAGAAGCCAUACUCGAUGUUUUGGAUACCUACGAUGGCAGUGCACAUUGCCGUUUAAAUGUUGUCCAUUACGGAGUGGGCGAUGUAAUACAAAGUGAUCUAGAAAUGGCACGACUCUUCAACGCUGUUAUAUAUGCGUUUUCCGUAAAGACACCAAAUCCAGCACCGAAAGACGUUGGUAUUCGCCCGGUUAAUAUAAUCUAUCGGUUAGUGGAUGAUUUGAAGAAAGAGAUAAAUACGAAACUGCCUCUCGUAGACGUAGAAGAGCAAUUAGGGGAGGCCAACGUACUGCAGCUGUUUGACAUAAACGAAGGAAGGAAAAAGGUGACAGUGCUCGGGUGUCGAUGCACCAAAGGAGUGCUCAAAAAGGCAUCCAAAUUCAAGUUGGUUCGAGCUGGAGAAACGCUGGCCGAAGCCAUCGAACUGGAUUCGAUGAGACACCUGAAAAACGAAGUCGAUGCCAUCAAGAAGGAUGUUGAGUGUGGGCUGAGGCUAGCCGAUCAAGACAUUGCCGUUAAAGCAGGGGACACAUUGGUUUGCUACAAAAUCAACCAAGAACCCCAGGAAACGGAUUGGGAUCCUGGAUUCUAAAGGUGAUGUUUGAGGGGUGAGUUAUCAAUUUACUAGCAAAUAUUAAAAGCUCUUGGGCGAAAAGUUA